CACAAACUGGAAAGAAAAAUAAAAAGAAAAUUCAAAAUUGAAUAUGUUCUCUAAUAUCUCCCUCUAGGAAACUUCUAAUCCACAAACUGACAAUCACUUCUUGUUUGCAAUUGAUUAUCUCUUUACAAAACCACCAUUAACACACACCCAAAUUUUAUUAAUUGUUCAGAAAACAAAACACUUUGAUAUUGUUCAAUCUUCAUUCUUCAUUCUUCACCUCCCAACCCCAAAAGCAUUAAUAACACCAGUGAGUUUGAAUGUGAAACUUGUGGCAGUUGAUGCCAUAAUUUUACCACUCACUUCCCUCAUUAAUGCACUUCCUGAAAUUCUCACCCAUUCUCUUCAUACCCAUUUAAUGUUUUUGGUAAAAGAUUUCAUUUCAAUUCCAAAACAAAACCAUCUCUUUUCUUCUGUCACAUAAAAAGCUAGCUAGCACACUCACCCAGCUUUACAUCACAAAAACAUCCUUAAACAUGUGUAAGAUUGUGUUUCAUCAACACUUAUGUACAAAGCCAUAAAAACAAGUUCAAAAGCAGACAAGGACAUUCCUCAGAGUUCACAUGAGAUAGCAGAAGAACAAGAACACCAACGAGUGCAGGAUCACAACGUGUCAUCAUCAUCACCAUUGAAGAUGAAAUUGAACUUGCAAGAUUAACGUGAAAUUGAGUUGAUUACAAUGAGCAUGGGAGUGAAGCGAGGAGUAGCAGUGAGUUCAGUUAUGGUUUUGUUUUUGUUGAUUGAAUUAACAUCAACUACUAGUUUAAGUUUAAGCUUGAGCUCCAGAACUGAAUGGUUUUCAUUGCUGGAACUUCGUUCUUCACUGGGGAUAAGGGGAAAGGAUUGGCCCAUCAAAGCUGAACCAUGCCGGAACUGGACCGGGGUUCAGUGCCGGCACGGUCGAGUGGUGGGCAUCCACGUGGCUGGGUUGAGGAGAACCCGGUCGGGUCGUCUCAACCCGAGCUUUGAAGUGGAUGCUCUCAAGAAUUUCACUCUAUUGGAGUCUUUCAACGCUUCAGGGUUCAUGCUGAACGGGUCUAUUCCAGAGUGGUUUGGUGAGAAUCUUAGUGUACUUCAAGUGCUUGAUUUAAGGUCUUGUUCAAUAACUGGUGUUAUUCCUGGUUCACUUAGUAAUUUGAGGAUGUUGAAGUCUUUGUUGCUUUCAGGGAAUAGUCUCACUGGUAGAAUGCCUUCAAAUUUGGGAUUUUUAUCAGGGCUUUCUGUUCUUGAUCUUUCUGGGAACAUCCUUUCAGGAAUAGUACCCAGCUCUUUCUCUAAGCUUAGUAACAUUACAAGGCUUGAUCUUGGUUCUAAUUACUUAUCUGGGUCUGUUCCACCUGAAUUGGGUUCCCUUUCAAAUCUCAAAUUUUUAAACCUUUCUGAUAAUGCCUUCACUGGUUCUGUCCUUCCUCAACUGAGUAACCUUUUUAAAUUGGUUAAGCUUGAUCUUAGCAUGAAUUUUCUGUCCGGGUCGUUGCCUGGUAAUUUGUUUUCUUCUGCUCAUUCUGCACUUCAACUUGUUGAUGUAUCCAACAACAACCUCACUGGUCUAUUGCCUGAAUGGUCUAGUUCAAAAUUUAGCUCUACUGGUGCCAGAUUCAAUCUCUCAAACAAUUUGUUUUAUGGAUCUCUGAAUACUUCACUGAAUAAGUUUAAAAUGAUUGAUUUGUCUGGUAAUUAUUUGGAAGGUGAGGUCCAGGGUGGCCUUAGUAAUAAUGUUACUCUAGCAAGAAAUUGCCUGCAGAUGAUUCCAAACCAGAGGGGUUUGGAAGAGUGUAGAGUGUUUUAUGUUAAGAGAAAUUUACUAUUUGAUGCUGGUGGCGAAGAUCUAAUGAAGUCUAAGUCCAGGAGCAACAAACGAAUGAUAUUCAUACUGGCAGGAGUAUUUGGUGGUCUUGGAUUUAUUGUGCUACUGGUGUUGGUCCUCAUGCUGGUCCUAAAACAAUGUUAUAAGAGUAAAAGCUUGGAAAUUCAAAGGGGGACCGCAAAAGGGGGGCCGGUUCCGGAAGGGGAAAGUCCUACACCUCCUAAGGGUUCUGUCUUUGUAACCAGUGUGGGAGACUCAUUUACUUUUGAGCAAAUGCUCAAUUUGACUGGCAAUUUUGCUGAAGCAAAUCUCUUCAAGCAUGGUCACUCUGGAGACCUCUUUUGGGGAGUGUUGGAAAGUGGAGCAACUGUGGUUGUCAAAAAGGUAGAUUUGAAUUUAUUCAAGAGAGAAUCGUACUUUGCGGAAUUGGGUUUGUUAAGCAAGGUUUCACAUGCUAGACUGGUCCCUAUCCUGGGGCACUGCUUGGAGAAUGAGAAGGUGAAAUGUAUAAUUUACAAGUACAUGCCAAAUGGAGAUUUGGCUACUUCCUUGCACUCAGUCCCUAGCUCAGAUGGUAAAUUAAAGUCCUUGGAUUGGAUCACGAGACUGAAAAUCGCAAUAGGAGCUGCUGAAGGCCUAGCUUACUUACAUGAGUGCAGCCCUCCCCUUGUUCACAGAGAUGUUCAAGCUAGCAGUAUACUUCUUGAUGAUAAAUAUGAGGUGCGACUUGGAAGUUUGAGUGAGAUUACUGCCCAAGAAGAUCUUCAUCAGAGUGUCAUCUCAAGGGUUUUUAGCAAGCCUAGAUCUCCUAUUGAAUGCAAUUCUGAUAAAUCAUCUGUGACAUGUGCCUAUGAUGUCUACUGUUUUGGGAAGGUUUUACUUGAGCUUGUUACCGGCAAUCUCGACAUCAGCAAAUCAGAUGAUGCCGCCACCAAAGAGUGCUUAGAUCAAACGCUGAGCUACAUCACCAUAUUUGAUAAAGAACGAUUGAGUAAGAUCGUUGACCCGUCUUUGAUCGUCGAUGAGGACUUGUUGGAAGAGGUAUGGGCAAUGGCGAUUGUGGCCAAGUCAUGUCUGAAUCCAAAGCCUUCCAAACGCCCUCCUAUGAAGCAUGUCCUCAAAGCACUGGAAAAUCCAUUGAAGAUUGUGAGAGAAGAAAAUUUCAGCUCAGCAAAGCUGAGAACAACUUCAUCUAAUAGGUCUUGGAGCACUGCAUUCUUUGGUAGCUGGAGGCACAGCUCAUCAGAGAGUGCAUCUGCCACAGCACAUGGAAAUAGGGAAGGUGGUACUAGUGGCAUUAAACAAGCAGGAAGAGUAGGCUCUCAAGGUAGUGGUGGCAAUGAUCAUUCAUCUUCCAAUAAAAGGUCAUCCAAUGAAAUUUUCCCUGAACCUUUGGAAAUGCAAGAUGUGGAGACUGGAGAGGCAAGAUGAGGACUUGGGGAAUGGGUUUGGUUAUUCUUUUAUUAUGGUCAUUCCAUUAUGGUCCAUCACCAUGUUUCAGCAAUGAAAAACCUUACUGCUGUUAAUGAUGGCUUUUUCUUUCCAAAGUAUAUUAUAACAUGUUUGGAUCAACUUCUUUAUUCCCAGAGAAUCAAUUAUAACACCCAAAAGUUGCUCACUGAAGCUUUUCCUCAAACUUGAUUUUGGGUUUAGAAUCAAUUGUCUUGAAAUGUCUGGUAUAUAGAAAGCUCCAAUAAAAUUGAAUAUGUUUACUCA